AUGAAAGAAGGGAAAUCAGUGAAAUUGAACGGUCAACUGCAGCAGCAGCAGCAGCACCAGAACGGUCACUUGUCUCCGUUCAAAUUCGCCAAGUUGUUGGAUCCAGAAGCCUCAUGGGACAAGGAUCAAUUGGGAGAUGUCUUGCAUUGGAUUCGACAAGCAAUGGCCCUUGUAUGUGGGCUACUAUGGGGUGCGAUACCGUUGGUCGGAGGCAUAUGGUUCAUCAUUUUUCUGGUCAUAUCUACUGGAAUUAUAUAUGGCUAUUACGCAAUGAUACUAAAUGUUGAUGAAGAAGACUUUGGUGGCCACGGAGCUCUCCUCCAAGAGGGGCUUUUCGCUUCUAUAACUCUUUUUCUGCUUGCCUGGAUUCUAGUAUACAGCUUGGGACACUUCUGA